AUGAAUCUUGUUGUGAAGCUUCGGAGAAGUUUUCGAACACUGAUUGUUCUCUUAGCCACCUUUUGCUUGGUGAGCAUUGUCAUUUCUGCCUAUUUCCUCUACUCUGGCUAUAAACAGGAAAUGACACUUAUGGAAACCACUGCAGCAGCAGAAUGUACUGACGUUAAAAUCCUACCAUAUCGGUCAAUGGAGCUGAAGACAGUCAAACCUAUCGAUACAUCCAAAACUGAUCCUACUGUCCUCCUGUUUGUGGAGAGCCAGUACUCUCAACUUGGUCAAGAUAUUAUCGCUAUCUUGGAGUCCAGCCGAUUUCAGUUCCAUAUGGUCAUCGCCCCUGGCAAGGGAGACAUACCUCCUCUAACAGAUAAUGGCAAAGGGAAAUAUAUUUUAGUUAUUUAUGAAAAUAUUCUGAAGUAUGUCAGCAUGGACUCAUGGAAUCGAGAGCUUUUAGAAAAAUACUGUGUGGAAUACAGUGUUAGUAUAAUUGGUUUUCAUAAAGCCAAUGAAAACAGCUCACCAAGUACACAAUUAAAAGGUUUUCCAUUAAACCUUUUCAAUAAUCUAGCUCUAAAGGACUGUUUUGUCAACCCUCAGUCUCCUUUGCUGCAUAUUACCAAAGCCCCCAAGGUUGAGAAAGGCCCUCUUCCUGGGGAAGACUGGACAAUUUUCCAGUAUAAUCAUUCAACCUACCAGCCUGUGCUUUUAACUGAAUUACAGACAGAAAAAUUCCUUUCAUCCUUCUCCAGCAAACCACUCUAUGCGACGGUGAUUCAGGAUCUGGGGCUUCAUGAUGGAAUUCAGCGAGUUCUUUUCGGCAACAACUUAAACUUUUGGCUGCACAAGCUCAUCUUCAUAGAUGCCAUCUCCUUCUUGUCAGGGAAGAGGCUGACAUUGUCUUUGGACAGGUAUAUCCUUGUGGACAUUGAUGACAUCUUUGUUGGGAAGGAAGGGACAAGGAUGAAUGUCAAAGAUGUGAAGGCAUUACUAGAGACUCAAAAUUUACUGCGCACUCAGGUUGCAAAUUUUACCUUCAACCUUGGAUUUUCAGGGAAGUUUUACCACACAGGGACUGAAGAGGAGGAUGAAGGAGAUGACCUUUUACUUCGUUCUGUGGAUGAGUUCUGGUGGUUUCCUCACAUGUGGAGCCACAUGCAGCCCCAUCUCUUCCACAAUGAGUCAUCUUUAGUGGAGCAGAUGAUUCUCAACAAGGAAUUUGCACUGGAACAUGGAAUACCUAUCAACAUGGGCUAUGCUGUGGCACCACAUCACUCAGGGGUCUACCCAGUUCAUAUUCAGCUGUAUGCAGCUUGGAAGAAGGUCUGGGGUAUUCAGGUCACCAGCACUGAAGAGUAUCCACAUUUGAAACCUGCACGGUACCGAAAGGGCUUCAUUCACGAUAGCAUCAUGGUCCUCCCUCGACAGACCUGUGGGUUGUUCACACACACUAUUUUCUACAAAGAGUAUCCAGGAGGCCCCCAAGAAUUGGAUAAAAGUAUCAGAGGAGGUGAACUUUUCCUCACAAUCCUUCUGAACCCAAUCAGCAUUUUCAUGACCCAUUUGUCAAACUAUGGGAAUGACCGCCUAGGGCUGUACACCUUUGUGAACUUGGCCAACUUCGCGCAGAGCUGGACCAACCUGAAAUUGCAAACUCUGCCUCCAGUGCAACUAGCCCACAAGUACUUUGAGCUCUUCCCUGAGCAGAAAGACCCUCUCUGGCAGAAUCCAUGUGAUGAUAAAAGACACAAAGACAUCUGGUCCAGAGAGAAAACUUGUGACCACUUACCAAAAUUCCUUGUAAUUGGGCCACAAAAAACAGGAACAACAGCACUUUAUUUAUUUCUUCUUAUGCACCCUUCCAUCAUCAGCAAUCUCCCCAGCCCCAAAACAUUUGAAGAAGUCCAAUUCUUUAAUGGCAACAACUACCACAAGGGAAUUGACUGGUAUAUGGAAUUUUUCCCUACUCCAUCCAACAUUACAAGUGACUUUCUAUUUGAAAAGAGUGCUAAUUACUUCCAUUCAGAAGAAGCUCCCAAACGAGCUGCAUCUCUGGUCCCCAAAGCCAAGAUCAUCACCAUCCUCAUUGACCCCUCAGACAGGGCAUACUCUUGGUAUCAGCACCAAAGAUCACAUGAAGAUCCAGCUGCCCUGAGGUUCAAUUUCUAUGAAGUUAUCACAACAGCAUAUUGGGCCCCAUCUGACCUGAAAACUUUGCAGAGAAGAUGCCUAUUACCUGGAUGGUAUGCGGUCCACAUAGAAAGAUGGCUAACUUACUUUGCUACUUCUCAGUUGCUAAUUAUUGAUGGACAGCAGCUGAGAUCUGACCCAGUUACUGUGAUGGACGAAGUCCAGAAGUUUCUGGGAGUUACACCUCAUUAUAAUUACUCUGAAGCACUAACUUUUGAUCCCCAGAAGGGCUUUUGGUGUCAACUACUGGAAGGAGGAAAGACCAAAUGCCUUGGAAAAAGCAAAGGUCGAAAGUAUCCACCCAUGGAUCCAGAGUCUAGAACCUUCCUCUCUAAUUACUACCGAGAUCAUAAUGUGGAACUGUCCAAACUGCUACACAGACUGGGGCAGCCUCUCCCAUCAUGGCUGAGACAGGAGCUACAAAAAGUGAGAUAG